AUGGGUGGGAGAAAGGGCAAAGCGCCCCCGCGGCCGGAGGGACCGCAGAGGCUGAACUCAGGGAAGCAGGAGGCCGGGUCGGCCAGCGCCGAUGGCGCGCCCAGCGGGGAACGCCGGCAGGGUCGUGGUAAGGCCCGAGGAUCGAGAUCGGUCUUGGAGCCCGCCACCACCGGAGGCCAGGGGACCCCUGGUGGCCGCAGGAAGCCCACGGCAGAGGGGAACGGCAGCUGCAGACGGCCAGGGGCUGGGCCUCCACCAGCGGCCCCGGGGAGACAAGGCAGCGGGAAGCGACGGGGACGCGGGUCUAAGGAGAGCCGCAAGCCGGGGGACAGCCGUGGGGGGCGCCUGGAGGAGGACAGUCUCUCCCGAGGGGAGGGGAGAUCGGGCGCGCACGGGCGCCGCAGGAGGAAAGGAAAAAGGCGGGGACCCUCGGCAAGGCGGGGCCGCCGUGAGCCUCUGAGCCUCGAUGGGGACACGUCGGGCGGAGACCGGGGCAGCUCCUGCCGGGACAGCGAAGCCCGCGAGGGGCAGGAAAGCAGCAGCCAGAGCGGCGGGGCUUCGGAGCUGCGCCCCGACUCAGAGCAAACGGACACGGGCUCGGGGGGCACCCAAGCCCGGCCAGAGCCAGCGCUGGAGCGGAGCGAGCACCCGAGCAGCGACGGCAGGAGCAGCAACGAGCCCCACUCCGGGUCCCGGGGCCAGGAAGGGUGGUGGGGCACGGGGCGCCAGAGAGCGACCGAAGGUUCCGGGACAGACACGGACUGGAGUCCGGAGGAGGCCCCCGGACGGGGCCCCCGGGCUGCCCCAGGAGCCGGGAGCCGGGCCACGGAGGCCGAAGAGGCUGAGCCUCGCAGUAAAGUCACGACCUCCAGCCCCCUCGAGGGCAGUCCCGCAGGCGUCCCCAAGAGCUCGCGGGCUUGUCCUGGCCCCAGGCCGGCCGGGGACACACGUGACAAGGGGGCGCAGCCUGAGGCCGAGCCGCAGGGCUCCGAGCCCGGAGGAGCCGAGGCCUCGACCGCCAGGGCCCCGCGCCAGGUCGGAAAAGUGUUGGGGAAGGUGCAAGCGGCGGCGAGCGAAGCAGAGGCUGGAGGGGAAGCCGGGUCCGGGGACCCAGCGCCACUGGCCGCCCUCGUGGCGCUCCAGAGGCUCCGCGCGAGGGCCCCACCGGGCCCCACUCCCGAGGCCGCGGGCGCCCGUGGCACCGGCCUCAGAAAGAGGCUCCUACGCGUGGCGCGGGCCUUAGGCCUCCUGCGGUGGCUUUGGCGUCUGCUCCGGCUGCGCGCCAGCGACGGGCAGGGGACCGAGGCGCCGGCCAGCGCGAGGGACGGGGCGGGGCCGCGGGCGGGCGAGGGGCGGGGUCGCGGUCCCGGGCUGCGGCGCCGUCUAGGGCUGCGCCUGGCGGGCGUGGUGGGGCUGGGGGUGCGGCCGAGGGCUCCCCCUGGCGACAGCCCGAGCUCCCCGCAGGCGGCGAGGAAUCCAGCCUGCCACGACCCUUCUAAGGACGAGGACCCGGCUCCGGACCCCAAGUUCGCGGUCGUGUUCCCCAGGAUCCACAGGGCAGGAAGGACGUCGAGUAGCUGGGGCUCAGAGGAGGCGCCUGCCGACGCCCCCGCUGGGGAGGGGCCCGUCGGGCCUUGUGCAGGGGCCUCGAGGGACAGUGAGGAGCACAGAGCGAACGGAGAAGGGGUGGCCGGGCCCUGCCGCGGCUCUCUCCUCGGCCGGACGCCCCCCGACGAGCCCCCCCUGGACGACAGCGGCUCCAGUAGCGAAGCGGAGCCCGAGGCCUUGGAAGCAGAGGUUCCGGUGCACUGGGCACAGGGCUCCGACACCCGCGAGGUCCCUGGGCUUGGCGCAGACGCGCUGCUGCCCCGACUCACUCUGGAGAGGAGCCCGGUCCCCUACCGCUGCCAGAGGGAGCGAUGGGAGCCGGAGGAUGAGGCCGAGGAGGAGCUGGAGCGGGACCUGGAGCUGAGCCUUGGGGCAGGCCUGGAGGCGCCGUCCAUUGCGGGCGCGGAGGGCAGGAGCCAAGGGGCCGCCCUGGAAGACACGGAGGACCUGGCCCGGCUGCGACCGCUGUGUGACAGCUCCAUUCUGCUGUGCCUCAAGAAGAGGUUCCAUCUGGGCCGAGUCUACACCUUUGGGGGACCCCUCCUGCUCGCUCUGAACCCCCGCUGGCCCCUGCCUCUCUUCUCACCCGAGGUCCUAGCCAGCUACCGCCCCAGGAAGGCCCCCAAUACCACCCCACAUAUCUUUGCCAUUGUGGCAUCAGCCUGUAGCCGGUCUCAGGGCACCGGGCAGGGCACAUGUAUUCUCCUCAGGUCUCCCUCCUGCAGUGGGCACAGUGGCUCAGGGAAGACAGAAGCAGCCAAACAGAUCGUGCGGUUCCUAAGCAGCCCAGAGCAGGAGCCGACAGGGGACAGAGGAUGUCGGCUGGACGACGUGCUGCCUUUGCUCGGCAGCUUUGGCCACGCCAAGACAGUCCUCAAUGCCAACGCCAGCCGCUUCGGUCAGGUCUUAUGCCUCUGCCUGCAGCAUGGGGUCAUCGUGGGAGCUUCUGUGUCGCAUUAUCUGCUUGAGACCUCAAGGGUGGUGUUUCAGGGCCGGGCCUGCAGGCUCCAGGGCAAGGAGGAUGCCCAGGACUUCACAGGACUGGUGCAGGCCCUGAAGGCGCUGGGCUUGUGCCCCGAGGAGUUGACCGCAGUCUGGGCUGUGCUGGCCACCAUCCUGCAGCUGGGCAACAUCUGCUUCUCCUCGUCAGAGCGGGAGUCCCAGGAGGUGGCUGCCGUGUCCAGCUGGGCCGAGAUCCACACUGCAGCCCGGCUGCUGCGGGUGCCACCCGAGUGCCUGGAGGGAGCUGUCACCAGGAGGGUCGUGGAGACUCCCUAUGGCCCAGCCUCCAGAUCCCUGCCCGUGGAGAGUGCCAUUGAUGCCAGGGAUGCCCUGGCCAAGACCCUGUACUCGCGGCUCUUCACGUGGCUUCUGAGAAGGACCAACACACGACUGGCACUACCCAAGGAGGGAAGCAGUGUGAACACCAUCACUGUUGUGGACGUCUAUGGCUUUGAGGCACUGCGGGUAAAUGGCCUGGAGCAACUGUGCAACAACCUUGCCAGCGAGCGUCUGCAGCUCCUCUCCAGCCGGGUGCUGCUGGCCCAGGAGGAGGAGGAGUGUCGGCGACAGUUGCUGCCCUGGGUGCCCGUCCCCGAGUCUCCAAGGGAAUCCUGCCUGGACCUCCUGGUAGACCAGCCCCACAGCCUCUUGAGUAUCCUGGAUGCCCAGACAUGGCUGUCCCAGGCCACGGACCACACCUUCCUCCAGAAGUGCCACUACCACCACGGCGAUCACCCGUGCUAUGCCAAGCCCCAGCUGCCCCUUCCUAUCUUCACCGUGAGACAUUACGCAGGGACCGUCACCUACCAGGUUCACAAAUUUUUAAACAGAAACCGGGAUCAUCUUGACCCUGCCGUGACGGAAAUGCUUGCCCAGAGCCAGCUCCAGUUGGUGGGCAGCCUGUUCCAGGAAACAGAGCCCCAGGUCAGCGGAGGGCGAGGCAAACCCACACUGGCCUCUCGAUUCCAGCAGUCGCUGGGGGACCUCAUCGCCGGGCUGGGCAGGAGCCAUGUCUACUUCAUCCAGUGCCUCAACCCCAACCCUGGAAAGCUCCCAGGCCUCUUUGAUGUGGGGCAUGUGGCAGAGCAGCUGCGCCAGAUGGGCAUCCGGGAGGCCGUCCAUACCCGCAGUGCCAACUUCCCUGUACGCAUGUCCUUCCAGACCUUCCUGGCCAGGUUCCGGACCCUGGGCCCAGAGGGGCAGGGAGAGCCCUCUGAUCGGGAGAGGUGUGGCACCAUCCUGAGCCAGGUGUUGGGGGCUGAGUCACCCCUCUGUCACCUUGGAGCCACACAGGUCCUGCUGCAGGAGCCGGGCUGGCAGCAGCUGGAGCGGCACCGGGCCCAGCGUCGUGCCCAGGCAAUGCUUGCCCUGCACCGCGGCCUCCGUGCCUGCAUCGCCCGCCAGCACCUCCGCCUCCUGCCACGGAUGCAGGCUCGUGUUCGGGGGCUCCAGGCCAGGAAGCGGUACCUCCGGCGGCGCACGGCGCUGGGACAGCUGAACACCGUCCUGCUGGUGGCCAGGCCCCUGCUCUGGAGGAGGCGGAGACUGCAGCUUGGGCACUGGUGUGGCUGGCACGGCAGCGGGUCCUCCGAGAGCGUGCCAGGCAUGGAGCUGGCACGCCUGGAGAUCCCGGCCGAGCUGGCCGUCAUGCUGAGGAGACAGGAAGGCGGCCAGCACCCACCGGCCCAGAGCAUCACUGAGGCCAAGCCCCCGGAAGUCCCUGCCCGGCCCAGCCUGGCCCUGCCGCCCGACAUCGACCAGUUCCCCUUCUCCAGCUUCAUCUCCACCGGCUUGCAGGAGCCCUCUCUGCCCUCCCCCGGGCAGCUGCUGGCCAAGCCCCUGACCCGGCUGCACGGCGAGGACCCGCAGCAUGCCCUGGAUAUCAACAAGGUGAUGCUGCGGCUCCUGGGGGAUGAGUCCCUGCUGCCCUGGCAGGAGCAGACCAUGGGCACGUACCUGGUGAGGCAGGGGCAGCGCCGGCCAGGACUUCGGGACGAGAUCUUCAGCCAGCUCGUGGCCCAGCUUUGGCACAACCCCAGCGAGCAGCAGAGCCAGCGCGGCUGGGCCCUCAUGGCCAUCCUGCUCAGCGCCUUCCCCCCAAUGCCCAGCCUGCAGAAGCCACUGCUCAAAUUUGUGUCGGACCAGGCCCCCAACGGUGUGGCGGCGCUGUGCCAGCACAAGCUGCUGGGGGCCCUGGAGCAGACGCGGCUGGCCCCUGGGAACACGCGUGCCCACCCACCCACUCAGCUCGAGUGGACGGCCGGAUGGCGUCGAGGCCGCAUGGUGCUGGACGUCUUCACUCUCAAUGACGAGUGCUUCUCGGCAGAGGUGGAGUCCUGGACUACAGGGGAGGAACUGGCCGGAUGGAUUCUGCAGAGCAGAGGCCUGGAGGGGCCCCCCCGGGGCUGGUCCGUGUCACUGCAUUCCGGGGACUCCUGGCAGGACUUGGCUGGCUGUGACUUCGUGCUGGACCUGAUUGGCCAGACUGAGGACCUAGGGGACCCUACGGAUCCCCACAGCUACCCCAUUGCCCCCCGAAGCUUAGCUGAGGACAUCCCUCCCGCCCCUGGCAUCCGGGCCCCCUCACUGUCCCCAGGUCCCCCUCCAGGUCCAGCCCCAACACUACCUAGCCAGAGCCACACAGGUGAGUCCCGGAGCCCAGGGAGCCUGGAUAACUACCUGGACCACAUCUUCCAGCCAGUGCUCUGCCCAGGCCUCCAAGAUCUGGAGCAAGGCAGGGCUCUGAGCAGCCGCAUGAAGGGAGGCGGCGCCAUUGGGCCCAUGCAGCAAGGGAGCUACCCGAUGGUGUACCCAGGGAUGAUGCCCGGAUACCAGCCAGCUAUGAUGCCUGCACCCAUGCCCAUGAUGCCAGCGAUGGGUGCGGUCCCUCCAAUGCCAGCCAUGGUGGUGCCGCCCCAGCCCCAGCCCCAGCCCCUGCUCCCCAGCGUGGAUGUGAGGCAGCUGGUGACUCAGCAGCAGAACUUCAUCAACCAGCAGGCGCUGAUCCUGGCCCAGCAGAUGACUGCCCAGGCCAUCACGCUGUCCCUAGAGCAGCAGACACAGCAGCGCCAGCGCCAGCGCCAGGCCCAGGCAACUCCAGCCGUUGCACCCAGGCCCAAGAAGCCGCCAGCCCCCCAGGCGGAGCCGGAGCCCGAGCCGGAGCCGGAGCCGGAGCCAGAGCCGGAGCCCGAGCCGGUGGGUGCCUGCCUGAGGGAGCCCUCCCAGGACGAAGAAAACAGCCUCAAGAGCUUCCAGCAGAAACGGAACUAUUUCCAGAAGAUGGGGCAGCAGCAGAUCAGGGUGAAGAAGGUGAAGCCUCCAGCCAAGGUGCAGCUCCCCCGAGGGGAGGAGCAGGAAGAGGAGGAAUUCACUGCAGGUGUUCGGCACAGGGUCGCACAGGGUCUCACGAGCUUCCUCUCCUCCCUGUCAGUGCCCACAGUGAAGAAGCCACCGGCCCCAGGGGCUGCCAAAGCUGCACCGGAGCCUAAGGCCGAGCUGGCCCGGGAGGCGGAGCCUGGCCAUGGGGCCAGGCUGGCGCAGGGCAGAGACUCGGUGCGGGGCUCGGAGGCCCAGAGAGCGCCCAGCAGGGAGAUCCGUAACAUCAUCCGCAUGUACCAGAGCCGCCCAGGCCCCGUGCCUGUGCCUGUACAGCCGUCCAGGCCCCCCCAAAGUUUCCUGAAGAAAAACAACCCUAAAGAUGAGGCUCUGGCUAAGCUGGGGAUCAGUGGUGCCCACUCGCCCCCCUCGACACAGUCUCCCGGCUCGGGGAAGGGCCCUGCCCCCGCUGUGGCGCCCCGACCCAAGGCCUCACCACGGUUCAGGGCCUCCAGCUCCAUCAGGGAGAGGCAGGGCCCCCUUCAGGAGCUGUUCGGCCAGAAGCCACCUGCUGCCCAGGCUCCUCCACCUCCACCAGCACCCCCACUGCCUCCAUCCGGGGACCCGGGGACCCCUUCAGCUGAGCCCCGCGGCUGGCUGGAGCCCGCGGGGGACCAGGGGAUCAGCACCUGGCUGCUUGUGCCCUCCGGCAGCGUGUGCUUCUCCUACACCAGUGCGCCCUGGAGGCUGUUCCUACGCAAGGAGGUCUUCUACCCCCGGGAGAACUUCAGCCACCCCUACAACCUCAGGCUCCUCUGUGAGCAGAUCCUGAGGGACACCUUUUCUGAGUCCUGCAUCCGGAUCUCCCAGGACGAGCGGUGCAAAAUGAAAGACCUGCUGGGAGACAUGGAGGUGGGCCUGGACUCACUCGUCACCACUGAGGACAGUGUCAUGAAGCGCAUUGUGGUGGCCGCUAGGGACAACUGGGCCAAUUACUUCUCCCGCAUCUUCCCAGUGUCGGGCGAGAGUGGCAGCAGCGUGGAGCUGCUGGGUGUGUCCCACCGGGGGCUGAGGCUGCUCAAGGUGACCCAAGGCCCCAGCAUGUACCUCCACCAGCUGAAAACUCUCUGCUCCUACAGCUUUGCGGAGGUACUAGGCGUGCAGUGCCCGGGAGCCUCCACCCUGGAGCUGACGCUGAAGACUGAGCAGCUGGUGCUGCACACGGCCCGGGCAGGUGCCCUCAAGGCCACCAUCGAGCUCUUUCUCCACGAGCUCAAGAAGGACUCCGGCUACGUCAUCGCCAUUCGGAGCUACAUCACUGAUGACCGCAGCCUCCUCAGCUUCCACCGUGGGGACCUCAUUAAGCUGCUGCCGGGGAGCAAUCUGGAGCCAGGCUGGCAGUUUGGCUCCACCGGGGGCCGCUCCGGACUCUUCCCCGCCGCCCUCGUGCAGCCGGCGGCAGCGCCAGGCUUCUCCUCCUCGCUGGGGCAGAGAGCCCACCAGCCCCAGGGGCAGCCGGCGCAGCGGGACAGGGCGUUGGAGGGCCCCGCCCGACCCUGGAGCCAGGCACACAGCGACCACUCAGAGGCCAGCAGCCUGCCCUUCUCUAUGGUCUCUGCCUCUCUGUCCACGGACUCCCACAACUACAGCAUGCAGGAGUUUGCCCUGAAAUACUUCAGGCAGCCCCAGACCUUGCCGGACCAGGCAGGUGGAGGUGCUCCGGGGAAGGCCGUGGCCAGCCUGGUGCAGUACACCAAGGCUCCCAUCCAGGAAUCGCUCAUGAGCUUUAGGGAUGAGGACACGAACAGGCAGGCUGUGGAAAGCUUCCAGGUUCUGAUGCAAUUUAUGGGGGACCAGCCCAAGCCCCGGGGCAAGAACGAGAUGGAUCUCCUCUAUGAGCUGCUGAAGCUGUGCUGGGAGAGGGAGAACCUCAGGGAUGAGAUCUACUGCCAGGUCAUCAAGCAGGUCACGGGACAUCCCCAGCCGGAACUCUGCGCUCGAGGCUGGAGCUUGCUCAGCUUCCUCACGGGCUUCUUCCCCCCGUCGACCACACUGAUGCCCUACGUGACCACGUUUCUGCAGGAGUCAGGCAGAACUCAAGAGCUGGCCUGGAGCAGCCAGGAGCACCUCCAGCGCACAGUCCAGUAUGGGGGGCGCCAGCGCCUGCCAUCCCCGGGUGAAAUGAAGGCUCUCCUGAAGGGGAAAAGGGCCCGCCUGUUCCUAAUCCACAUGCCCGGAGGCAUGGGCUACAAGACCAACAUCGGGACUUUCACUGUGGCAGCAGAGGUGCUGGAGGAGCUGUGCAGGAAGAUGGGCAUCACGGACCCUGAGGAAGUACAGGAAUUCGCCCUGUUCCUCAUCAAAGGGGAAGGCGAGCUGGUGCGGCCCCUGAAGCCCCGCGAAUACCUCAACAACGUGGCGGUGGACCCAGACGUGAGCCUGCACAGCCGGCGGCUCAGCUGGGAGACCCGCCUGCACUUCGAUAACCCCACCUACAUCAGCACCCACUACAGCCAGGUGCGGCGGGACUACCUGCAGGGGAAGCUGCUGGUCGGCACCCAGGCAGAUGCCCAAGUUGCCAGGCUGGCUGCCCUACAGCACGUCAGCAGGGCCCAGGAGGAGCCCCCCUCAGAGCAAGACCUGCUGGCGUACUUGCCCAAGCCGCUGCACUGCCAGGCGAACGUGGCGGCCAUGAGGAGCCUGGUGGACCAGGAGCUGAGGCAGCUGCAAGGACACAGCUCCCAGGAAGCUCAGAUCAGCUUCAUCGAGGCUGUGAGCCAGCUGCCCCUCUUUGGUUACACCGUCUACGUGGUGCUGCGAGUGAGCAGCCUGACCCUGCCCAGACCCAGCCUCCUGGGCCUGAACCGCCAGCACCUCAUCCUCAUGGACCCCAGCUCCCAGACACUGUGCUGCUCCAUCGCCCUGAGGGACCUGCAUCGGUUCCACCUGCUGAGGCCCCUGGAGGCAGAGGGGCCCCCUGGCCUGGAACUCAACUACGGCUCCGCCGACAACCCCCAGACCAUCUGGUUUGAGCUGCCGCGGGCCCUGGAGCUGAAGCACACCAUCUCCUUCCUGCUGGACAGCAGCGGCCCUUCCUUGUAG